UUUCCUCCCAGUCUCUCUCUCUCUCUCUCUCUCUCUCUGUGUUUUUCUUACCGACCACUUGCGGGCCUGGUCGCCGGUUAUUUUUCUAAAUCGAGGUUGCCGGAGAAUCCCUUGUCUCCGACAUUUUUGCUAGCUUAAGAGGUGGCUUAAUUGGCAGUUUGAAAAAAAAAUCUUGCUUGUUUUUCUUGAUCUCUUGUUUUUAAACCUUGUGUUUCAUUUCCGCUGAUUGACGUGAAAGAAAUGGACGGUACUAAAGAGAUUGGACUUAAAAAUGUGAGCUCAAUGUGCUCAAUCUCCGAAAUGGAUGAUUAUGAUCUCUCACGCCUUCUCAAUAAGCCGAGGCUUAACAUCGAGAGGCAAAGAUCAUUUGAUGAGAGGUCGCUGAGUGAGCUCUCUAUUGGUCUCACAAGAGGAGGUUAUGAAAAUUAUGAGAACACCUACUCUCCCAGUGUGAGGUCGAGAUCGGGUUUUGAUACUCCAGCUUCAUCAACAAGAAACUCAUUUGAACCACACCCCAUGGUGGCUGAAGCAUGGGAAGCUCUCAGGAGGUCUUUGGUGUAUUUCAGAGGCCAACCAGUCGGUACCAUUGCAGCAUAUGACCAUGCUUCCGAGGAGGUUUUGAACUAUGAUCAAGUUUUUGUUCGAGAUUUUGUACCCAGUGCUCUGGCUUUUCUGAUGAAUGGAGAGCCUGAGAUAGUUAAGAACUUUCUCUUGAAAACUCUACAACUUCAAGGGUGGGAGAAAAGAAUAGAUAGAUUCAAGCUGGGGGAAGGUGCAAUGCCAGCUAGCUUCAAAGUUCUUCAUGAUCCUGUACGAAAAUCAGACACAAUUAUUGCAGAUUUCGGAGAGAGUGCCAUUGGAAGAGUUGCUCCAGUUGACUCUGGAUUCUGGUGGAUCAUUCUGCUUCGUGCAUAUACAAAAUCUACGGGUGAUAUAUCCCUAGCUGAGACCCCUGAGUGUCAGAAAGGUAUGAGACUCAUACUGACUUUGUGCCUGUCAGAGGGAUUUGAUACAUUCCCAACCCUACUUUGUGCUGAUGGAUGCUCAAUGAUUGAUCGAAGAAUGGGUAUUUAUGGUUAUCCUAUUGAAAUUCAAGCUCUUUUCUUUAUGGCAUUGCGGUGUGCUUUGUCAAUGCUGAAGCAUGAUGCUGAAGGAAAAGAAUGCAUUGAAAGAAUUGUGAAGCGCUUGCAUGCCUUGAGUUAUCACAUGCGCAGUUACUUUUGGCUCGACUUCCAACAACUAAAUGAUAUCUACAGAUACAAAACCGAGGAGUAUUCUCACACUGCGGUAAAUAAGUUCAAUGUUAUUCCUGAUUCUAUCCCAGACUGGGUAUUCGAUUUCAUGCCAACACGUGGUGGUUACUUUAUUGGCAAUGUUAGUCCCGCAAGGAUGGAUUUCCGAUGGUUUUGUUUAGGUAACUGUAUAGCAAUUCUAUCUUCUCUUGCAACUCCUGAGCAAUCAAUGGCUAUUAUGGACCUUAUCGAAGCCCGCUGGGAUGAGCUUGUUGGAGAAAUGCCUCUAAAAAUCGCUUACCCUGCAAUAGAGAGUCAUGAAUGGCGAAUUGUCACUGGUUGUGACCCUAAGAAUACAAGAUGGAGUUAUCACAAUGGAGGAUCAUGGCCAGUACUUUUGUGGAUGUUAACGGCUGCUUGCAUCAAAACGGGAAGGCCGCUGAUCGCAAGACGUGCGAUCGAUCUUGCCGAGACACGUUUGUUGAAAGACAGCUGGCCGGAGUAUUAUGAUGGGAAAGUCGGGAGAUAUAUAGGUAAACAGGCUAGGAAGUAUCAGACAUGGUCAAUAGCGGGAUAUUUAGUGGCGAAAAUGAUGUUGGAGGACCCAUCUCACUUGGGGAUGAUAUCUUUGGAGGAAGACAAACAGAUGAAGCCAUUGCUAAAGAGAUCAUCUUCCUGGAAUUGCUAAACGAAACGGGAAAAGACUGAAAUAUACAAAUAAUAGGAUUAAUUGAGUUGUGUCAGUGGUGAAGGAGACUGAAAUAUACAAAUAAUAGGAUUUACUCCUAUGAAUACAUCACCUAUUUAAAGAGACUGAAAUUUAGUUAGUGACGAAUCGGUGCCAAAAAGGAAAA